CAACCAGCAGGCUGCGCUGCGCUCGUGAUUGUGCACAUUUUGAGGAUUUUGAGGCUUGUCAGCGGUGACGGGAAUACUCGCCCGGUCUGCCGCGACGACGGGGAAAUUCUCUCGCUGAAGAACGGAGCAACCGUGCGAACAGCUGCGUCCUGGGCCCGAUAAGAAGCGCGCGACCCUCUUGCCCCGCGGUUCGCCGAGGAAUAGCCCGAGAAUCACGUAGCGUUCUUUUCCUAACCUCCAAACAUCCGCCUUGUCGAGCCCGAGUGACGCGUCAGGAUGGACAGGCUGUUACGACUGGGCGGUGGGAUGCCGGGCCUGAAUCAGGGACCACCACCCUCUGACGCGCCUGUUGUGGACACAGCGGAACAGGUGUACAUAUCGUCCUUGGCCCUCCUGAAAAUGCUUAAACACGGCCGCGCCGGGGUGCCGAUGGAGGUGAUGGGUCUGAUGCUGGGUGAGUUCGUUGACGAUUACACCGUUCGCGUUAUCGACGUCUUCGCUAUGCCGCAAACGGGAACGGGCGUCAGUGUGGAAGCGGUGGAUCCGGUGUUUCAGGCGAAGAUGUUGGACAUGCUAAAGCAGACCGGUCGGCCGGAAAUGGUGGUCGGCUGGUACCAUUCCCAUCCGGGAUUCGGCUGCUGGCUGUCCGGAGUGGACAUCAACACUCAACAGUCCUUCGAGGCGCUUAGCGAGAGAGCGGUAGCUGUCGUCAUCGAUCCUAUACAAUCAGUGAAAGGGAAAGUUGUUAUCGACGCAUUUAGAUUAAUCAAUCCAAAUAUGAUGGUGUUGGGACAAGAACCGAGACAAACGACAUCGAAUUUAGGCCACCUACAGAAACCGUCCGUUCAAGCGCUGAUACACGGAUUGAAUCGGCAUUAUUACAGUAUUAGUAUUAAUUACCGCAAGAACGAGCUGGAGCAGAAGAUGCUGCUGAAUCUGCAUAAGAAAACCUGGAUGGACGGUCUUACCCUUGCCGAGUAUUCGGAGCACAGUCGACUCAAUGAGAAUAUCGUUUCCGAGAUGCUUGAACUCGCCAAGAAUUAUAACAAGGCUUUGGAGGAGGAGGAAAAGAUGACACCCGAGCAAUUAGCGAUAAAGAAUGUGGGCAAGCAAGAUCCAAAACGGCAUUUGGAAGAAAAGGUCGACACACUGAUGGCUACAAAUAUUGUUCAGUGUUUGGGAGCUAUGCUCGAUACGGUUGUAUUUAAAUAACUGUUUUCUGAUACGUCAUUCGCAAUAUGGUAUUUAAAGGAAAUAUACAUCUUUUUAAAAUAGAUAUGACAUUUUGUAUCCCCGACGUGCACACAAUCGAGCACAACUUAAUUAUUUUUCUUGAAAAGUACGUUGUCUUUACAAAUUUGAUAUAAUUAUCAAACUGAACAUUAAACGUUGUUAAAUUAUGGCACGUGAUGUUUAACAAGCGAUACAUAAUAAAUAUUGCUGAUACC